AUGGCACAAACCAUUCAAUCCUUACCUUCUAUUGACCUGCUGAAUGCAUCAUCAAGGAAUCAGUUCUUUAGCAUUAUCAGCGUUUUAUUUGAAGCUGCACCACCUUUGGCAAAUGCAUUAUGGGCAUCUCGUCCAUAUAGUUCCUACGCUACGAUUCUCUCAACUGCAGCAGAUAUCAUCAAUAGCCUUUCACUUGAAGACCGCAAAGCAGUCGUAAAUGCUCAUCCCAGAAUCGGUGCCAACAAGGCAACUCUUUCAGCACUUUCAUACCAAGAACAAGGGUACACCAAUGCACCAAAUUCCUUGACCAACGAGGAUCGAAUCAAUCAACGGUUGGCAGAAUUGAAUGCUCAAUAUGAAGCUAAAUUCAAGUUUUGUUUUGUAGUGUUUGUAAAUGGAAGAUCUCGGGAGGAGAUUAUUCCAGUAAUCGAGGCUAGACUAAACAACUCUGCUGAAGAAGAAUUGAGCAAUGGACUGGAACAUAUGAUACAGAUUGCUCAAGAUCGCCUCAAAAAAGUCCAAAUUAGCUAGUGUUGAAUGGAGAUUAUAUUGAAAUAACAUUUAUUAUUGGACUCG